AAGCUGGAUUAUAUAAUGUAAACGUAAACAAAGAGCCACUGAUUGCUGCUCCACGGUCUACCGUGAUCUGAUAAUAACAAAACCUGUACUCCUGUAGGCUGUAGCCCAACGAGAGGAAUCAAAUUGGACAACCCUGUCGCCCUCUCGGUCUCCCUCGAGCUUUUCUUGUGCGCAGCCGCAGCCGCAGCCGCUGCUUUUCGUUCGUCUUCAUCCUACGCGAGGGCGAAACCCACAAACCCUCUCCCUCCCGUACUCCGGCCUACACAUCCAGGGGCGAUGACGCUGGGUAGCUCCGGCGCCGGAUCGAGCGUCGUCGUUCCCCGAAACUUCAGGCUAUUAGAGGAGCUCGAGCGUGGAGAGAAGGGCAUUGGUGAUGGAACAGUGAGCUAUGGAAUGGAUGAUGCCGAUGACAUCUACAUGCGGUCAUGGACUGGUACCAUCAUUGGCCCUCACAAUACUGUACAUGAGGGUCGCAUCUACCAGCUGAAGUUGUUUUGUGACAAGGACUAUCCGGAGAAGCCACCAUCUGUCAGAUUCCACUCAAGAAUCAACAUGACAUGCGUUAAUCACGAGACAGGAAUGGUUGAUCCAAGGAAGUUUGGUUUGCUAGCGAACUGGCAGCGGGACUACACGAUGGAGAACAUCCUCACCCAGCUCAAGAAAGAGAUGGCUGCCUCGCAGAAUCGAAAGUUAGUGCAGCCUCCAGAAGGGACAUUCUUCUAACGAAGUGUUCACUUGGCCCGUCAUGGGAUCCAACAGUAAUUGAAAGUUUUAUGGGCUAAAAAACAGCGUCUACAUCUGGUGCCCCUACCUGUCUUUGUGAUUUUUUAUGACUUUUAUGUUCUUGUAUCGUGAACCGCAGUGAACAACGGUUGUUGCAAGUUCCAGGGAUAUCUUUGGAAGUGGUAAACAAAUGCGUCUUAUUUCUAUGUAAUAUUAGACCCCGUGCGUGUGUGGUUUCGAGGUACAGCUCCCUAUCAACUGUUGCCGUGCAUUCCGUCGAUUUGCUUGA